AUGCGUGGGUUUGAGUCUGACCCCAAUGAGGACGAGGCCUCUAGGUCCAUGCGUGGUCUUUUUGAAGAAGGGUGGCCGGGAGGGGGUAGCAGGGAGCCCGGGCCCCUGAAGUCUCCAUCUGGCUCUUCAGUGUCAGCCUUCAUCAAGAAGCCACGGUCGGCGGAGGUGACCGCAGGCAGCGCUGCCGUGUUCGAGGCUGAGACGGAACGGGCAGGCGUGAAGGUGCGGUGGCAGCGGGACGGCAGCGACAUCGGUGCCGGCGACAAGUACGGUUUGGCGGCGGAGGGCAAGCGGCACACGCUGACCGUCCGAGAUGCGGGCCCUGCGGACCAGGGCUCCUAUGCGGUCAUUGCAGGCUCCUCGAAGGUCAAGUUUGACCUCAAGGUCACAGAGGCAGCCCCUCCAGAGAAGGCAGAGCCUGAAGUUGCUCCCACCCCUGAGGAGGCCCCUGGAGCUCCCAGAGAGGUCCCAGCUCCGGCCACCGAGUCGGAAGGAAACGUCCCAAGUCCUGAAGGUGAAGGGGGCUGGGCAAUGUGGGACAGGAGGAGGGUGUCCCAGGACAGGUCUCAAAGGCCUUCUUUCUCAGGGUCAGUCUCAGUAACCCCGGAAGGCUCAGCCCCAGGAAGUCAGGGAGCCCCCGAUGACCCGAUUGGCCUUUUUCUGAUGCGGCCGCAGGAUGGCGAGGUGACUGUGGGGGGCAGCAUUGUCUUCUCAGCCCGCGUGGCUGGGGCCAGCCUCCUGAAACCACCUGCGGUCAAGUGGUUCAAGGGCAAGUGGGUGGACCUGAGCAGCAAGGUGGGCCAGCACCUGCAGCUCCAUGACAGCUACGACCGAGCCAGCAAGGUCUACCUGUUUGAGCUGCACAUCACAGACGCUCAGGCCACUUCUGCUGGGGGCUACCGCUGUGAGGUGUCUACCAAGGACAAAUUCGACAGCUGCAACUUCAGCCUCACUGUGCACGAGGCCAUGGGCUCUGCAGACUUGGACCUGAGAUCAGCUUUCCGCCGCACGAGCCUGGCUGGAGCAGGCCGGAGAACCAGUGACAGCCAUGAAGACACUGGGACUUUGGACUUCAGUUCCUUGCUGAAGAAGAGCAGUUUCCGGAGGGACUCAAAGCUGGAGGCACCUGCUGAGGAGGACGUGUGGGAGAUCCUGAGACAGGCGCCACCAUCAGAAUAUGAGCGCAUCGCCUUCCAGCACGGAGUCACAGAUCUGCGCGGCAUGCUGAAGAGGCUCAAGGGCAUGAAGCAUGACGAAAAGAAGAGCACAGCCUUUCAGAAGAAGCUGGAGCCGGCCUACCAGGUAAACAAGGGCCACAAGAUCCGGCUUACUGUGGAACUGGCCGACCCGGAUGCUGAGGUCAAGUGGCUGAAGAAUGGACAGGAGAUCCAGAUGAGUGGCAGGUACAUCUUCGAGUCCAUUGGCUCCAAGCGCACCCUGACCAUCAGCCAAUGCUCACUGGCUGACGAUGCAGCCUACCAAUGUGUGGUGGGGGGUGAGAAAUGCAGCACAGAGCUCUUUGUCAAAGAGCCCCCGGUGCUGAUCACGCGGUCCCUGGAGGACCAGCUGGUGAUGGUAGGACAGCGUGUGGAGUUCGAGUGUGAGGUGUCAGAAGAAGGCGCCCAGGUCAAAUGGCUGAAGGAUGGGGUGGAGCUGACUCGUGAGGAGACCUUCAAAUACCGGUUCAAGAAGGAUGGGCGGAAACACCACCUGAUCAUCAACGAGGCGACACUGGAGGAUGCCGGACACUACGCAGUACGCACCAGCGGGGGCCAGGCACUGGCGGAGCUCAUUGUGCAAGAGAAGAAGCUGGAGGUGUACCAAAGCAUCGCGGACCUGUCAGUGGGCGCCAAGGACCAGGCUGUGUUUAAGUGUGAAGUUUCGGAUGAGAACGUGCGCGGUGUGUGGCUGAAGAACGGGAAGGAGCUGGUGCCUGACAGCCGCAUAAAGGUGUCCCACAUAGGGCGGGUCCACAAACUGACCAUUGACGACGUCACACCUGCCGACGAGGCUGACUACAGCUUUGUGCCUGAAGGAUUCGCCUGCAAUCUGUCUGCCAAACUCCACUUCAUGGAGGUCAAGAUUGACUUUGUGCCCAGGCAGGAACCUCCCAAGAUCCACUUGGACUGUCCCGGCAGCACACCAGACACCAUUGUGGUUGUUGCUGGGAACAAGUUACGCCUGGAUGUCCCUAUUUCUGGGGACCCUGCUCCCACUGUGGUCUGGCAGAAGGUUGUCACCCAGGGGAAGAAGGCCCCAGCUGGGCCACCCCCUGAUGCCUCAGAAGAUGCGGGUGCAGAUGAAGAGUGGGUGUUUGAUAAGAAGCUGCUGUGUGAGACUGAGGGCCGGGUCCGUGUGGAGACCACCAAAGACCGCAGCGUCUUCACAGUUGAAGGGGCAGAGAAAGAAGACGAGGGAGUCUACACUGUCACGGUGAAGAACCCUGUGGGAGAGGACCAAGUCAACCUCACGGUCAAGGUCAUCGAUGUGCCAGAUGCUCCUGCGGCCCCCAAGAUCAGCAACGUGGGCGAGGACUGCUGUACGGUGCAGUGGGAACCGCCGGCCUACGAUGGUGGGCAGCCGGUUCUGGGCUACAUCUUGGAGCGCAAGAAGAAAAAGAGCUACAGGUGGAUGAGGCUCAACUUCGACCUGCUGCGGGAGCUGAGCCACGAGGCGAGGCGCAUGAUCGAGGGGGUAGCCUACGAGAUGAGAGUCUACGCAGUCAAUGCUGUGGGAAUGUCCAGGCCCAGCCCUGCCUCUCAACCCUUCAUGCCUAUUGGCCCCCCCGGGGAACCAACCCACCUGACUGUGGAGGAUGUAUCUGACACCACCGUGUCACUCAAGUGGCGGCCCCCCGAGCGGGUGGGUGCAGGUGGCCUGGAUGGCUACAGCGUGGAAUACUGCCAGGAGGGUUGCUCCGAGUGGGCGGCCGCUCUGCAGGGGCUGACAGAGCGCACCUCCCUGCUGGUGAAGGACCUACCCACUGGGGCCCGGCUGCAGUUCCGAGUGAGGGCACACAAUGUGGCCGGGCCUGGAGCCCCUGUCGUCACCAAGGAGCCAGUGACAGUGCAGGAGAUACUGCAACGACCACGGCUCCAACUGCCCAGACACCUGAGGCAGACCAUCCAGAAGAAAGUUGGGGAGCCUGUGAACCUCCUCAUCCCUUUCCAGGGCAAACCCCGGCCUCAAGUGACCUGGACUAAAGAGGGGCAGCCACUGGCAGGUGAUGAGGUGAGCAUCCGAAACAGCCCCACAGACACCAUCUUGUUCAUCCGGGCUGCCCGCCGCACCCACUCAGGCACCUACCAGGUGACAGUUCGGAUUGAGAACAUGGAGGAUAAGGCCACGCUGGUCCUACAGAUCGUGGAUAAGCCAAGCCCUCCCCAGGAUAUCCGGAUCACUGAGACUUGGGGUUUCAACGUGGCUCUGGAGUGGAAGCCACCCCAAGAUGAUGGCAAUACAGAGAUCUGGGGUUAUACUGUCCAGAAAGCUGACAAGAAGACCAUGGAGUGGUUCACCGUUCUGGAGCAUUACCGCCGCACUCACUGUGUGGUAUCAGAGCUCAUCAUUGGCAACGGCUACUACUUCCGGGUCUUCAGCCACAACAUGGUGGGUUCCAGCGACAAAGCCACCGUCACCAAGGAGCCUGUCUUUAUUCCACGACCAGGCAUCACAUAUGAGCCACCCAGGUACAAGGCCCUGGACUUCUCUGAGGCUCCAAGCUUCACCCAGCCCCUGGCAAACCGCUCCAUCAUUGCGGGUUAUAACGCUGUCCUCUGCUGUGCGGUGCGGGGUAGUCCGAAGCCCAAGAUUUCCUGGUUCAAGAAUGGCCUGGACCUGGGAGAAGAUGCUCGUUUCCGUAUGUUCAGCAAGCAGGGAGUACUGACCCUGGAGAUCAGAAAGCCCUGCCCCUAUGAUGGGGGUGUCUAUGUCUGCAGGGCCACCAACUUGCAGGGCGAGGCACAGUGUGAGUGCCGUCUGGAGGUGCGAGUUCCUCAAUGACCAGGAAGGCUCCCCAGAGAUGACUUGGUACAAAUGGAUGCCAGCCCAUGUACCACAAGUCCAGGAGGAAGUUGGAGGAGCAACGCUUUCUGCUACUGCAUGAGUGUCUGUGUGUACAUCCUGGCUGGUCAGCAGCUGUACCAGGCGGGUCUGGUAGGCUCUGUAGAAACUGACUUCACAGCUCCUAAGGAGUGUUGUUGAUUUGGGGGACACAAAGUGUGUGGUCUUCAGAAAUGGUGACUGGGGACAGGCCCUUCUGGCUGGCUCAUUGUGUAAGGGCAAUAAAAGAUCAGUGCAGUCA